AUGGACAAGACUUUCACACCCGUGGGCCCAACCAUGCAUUCCCCCUCUAACGUGUCUUACUCGUCUGGGGCUUCCCACACUUCGACACGAAUUACUUCUCCCGACACCUCUUCCCAUCGUUCGUCUCCGCUGCUGGGCGAUAUAGAGCACGCCAGCAACACUCUGCUCGACUCGCAACCCAAGAUGGAUCGGAACCCUCUCCACUCGGUCAACGAGCACCGCAUCAAGCUGACCUCGGAGUGCAACACCAACAUCAGCAUUGGCACUACUAACAACAACAGCAACACGGACCAGUUGCCGCAGCAGCCCCAAUCUCUGCGCGGUGGUGCUCUGGCUACACCCGCCUCACGAAGCCUCACUUCUUCCAACUGGCGAGCCCAGCCUCUAAAUGACAACAUAUACCAGCCCUUUGACACCCCGUCCAACACCCAGAUGCCCCACGGUGCCCUACGCCUGACGCCGUUCCCUCAGAAUGCUAGUAUCACGUCGUACCCGAACAUGGCGACCUUCUUGGAUAUGCAGCUUGAUGCCACCUACGCGUACUGCUACGACCGAGGCAACGGCCGGUACACACGACUGAUCCCAGCGGACACAUUACCGCCCCUACGAGACGUGCCCGCCACUCAAUACGGGUGUUCUGGCAUGGUUGUCCUGCCACAGCCUCGAGCUCUGUCUCCAAAUGGCCGUUCGAGCAAUACGGAUCAUGUCCCGUUGAGAACGCCUCCAGCCACUCCUUCGACGCCUGCAGACAACAUCCAGGUAAGCACCCCUCUGCGAGCCCGAACACUUCCGCCUCCGUCCAACUCGAACGCCCUUCCCGAGCAACAAUCCAUCGGCUCGUUGUUUUCACCACAUCCACGUGCCUACCCGACUCCCUCGGCCCUCUACCAAUCAUCACCGUACCAAAACACACUCGGGACAACAACCUUGGGCUGUUUGCAAAUGCAGACUAACAACCCAUGCGCCACACAGUCGCGAAUCGACACCAUCGUCGCGUCGACACCACCAACGCCAACCCAUGCCCACCACCCCUCGAUGGCGGCCUCGACCGCAACCCCGCCGUCGAGGCUGGCCAAUACCAACACCCCCAGCGGCAUACCGCAGCGACGCCCCAAGAUCUACUGCGACAAGUGGGUGCACGAAGGCGUCUGCGCCUUCACUCAGCAGGGCUGCAAGUACAAGCACGAGAUGCCCUUUGACAAGUUCACCCAGCACCAGUUGGGUUUGUUCCACGGCUUGCCCGCCUGGUGGAAGAAGCACCAGGCUGAGCUGGCUCGACAGCGGGAUGUGGUUCUGGGGGGCGAUGACGCUUCUUCUGAUGGCCAGGGGCAGGGCCAGGAGGCAGAAUUAAGUCGCGAGAGAGAGCGGUUCGGUCGGAGAGGUGAUAAUGUUGGUGGAGGCGGAGUUGGCGGUAGAAGUGCCGAUCUAGGGGGAGCAACUAUGAGCGCAGGUGCUGGAAACGCCGGAGGUGGAGGUGGAGGCGGAGGCGGAGGUGUAGGUGGAAAUAUGGCUUGGAGACGAUCUGGUGACUCUGUUCAGGCGGACAUGAUGCCGUCGUCUGGUCCGAGCAUGGCACGUAGCCUCGGCGGUCAGGGUAUUGCCAGUCCUGGAGUUGGAGUUGGCUCGCGCAAUCCCACGGUCUCGUAUGGCUCGCCUUUUGGACCCAUCGCUCCUCCGACUCGAACUGUCAGUCAGACUUCGGCUGUUCCUGCUCGGAGUAGCAUCCCAACCAGCAACCCCUAUUCUUCCCUCGAGGCGCUGGAGGAGACCAACACUGCUGGUGGCAACGAGGACGGAGUUCGUCUGGGUUGA